CUUCUGGGAAGACUUCCACUCCCGGCAUGCCGCACUUUGGAACUGAGUCCCAGAAUGCAACGCUCCCCUUGCUCCUAGACUGCGGUCGAGACUACAGUUCCCAGCAUGCAGCGCCGCCCCCAGUCUCUGGCGCCCCGCUGGUCCCUGCUUCGGGGAGACCUUUUGGACGCCAGAGGGCGGGUCCUGAAGUCCCAGCUCCCUUUGGGGAACGUGUCCGUGGGGCAGUUCUGGCGCGUUGCGCCUGUCCAAAAGAAGCCUCGAAGGGAUUGGUUGGGGCCCAGGCCGGGCUUCGCUCAGGCAGCGUUUGAGGCAGCCCCAGCAGGGUCCUCGUGGGGCCUUUCUCCCUUUGAACUGCUGUGGCGGGCGGGCACACUGUCUCCUGCACCCCUCAGAGUCGGGGCCGCCAUCACCAUGGCCACGGCUGCGAGUCGGCCCUCCGCUGGCGGGUCGCGGGACAUUUUGUGGCGCGUUUUGGGCUGGAGGAUAGUUGCGAGUAUUGUCUGGUCAGUGCUGCUUCUACCCAUCUGUACCACAGUAUUUAUAAUCUUCAGCAGCAUUGAUUUAUUUCAUCCUAUUCAGUGGCUGUCUGAUUCUUUCAAUGAUCUAUAUUGUUCCUAUGUAAUUUUUUACCUCCUGCUGCUGUCAGUGGUAGUAGUAAUAAUAAGUAUUUUUAACGUGGAGUUCUAUGCAGUUGUGCCUUCCAUUCCCUGCUCCAGACUGGCACUGAUCGGGAAGAUCAUUCACCCUCAGCAGCUCAUGCACUCAUUUGUUCAUGCUGCAAUGGGGAUGAUGGUGGCUUGGUGUGCUGCAGUGAUAACCAAGGGUCGAUACGGUUUUCUUGUGGUUUCCUGCACUGGUACUGAGAGUUUAAAUAGCCCUGCUGCACAAACCUGCUUAAAUGAGUAUCACCUGUUUUUUCUCCUGGCUGGUGCAUUUAUGGGCUAUAGCUACAGUCUCCUGUAUUUUAUUAACAACAUGAACUAUCUUCCAUUUCCUAUCAUACAGCAAUACAAGUUCUUGCGCUUCAGGAGAUCUCUGCUCUUAUUAGUUAAGCAUAGUUGUGUGGAAUCACUGUUCCUGAUUAGAAAUUUCUGCAUUGUGUAUUAUUUUCUUGGCCAUAUUCCCAAAGCUUGGAUUAGCACUGCAAUGGACCUUCAGAUAGAUGAGCAGUUUCAUAGGCCUCUUGACACUCUGAGUGGCCUCUUGAAUCUCUCAUUACUCUACCAUGUCUGGCUAUGUGGUGUCUUUCUUCUGAUGACUUGGUAUAUCUCAUGGAUACUCUUCAAAAUCUUUGCCACAGAGGCUCAUCUGUUCCCUGUUCAGCCACCAUUUUCAGAAGAGUCGGACGAAUGCCUCCCAAAGGUCUUAAACAGCAAUCCUCCCCUCAUCAUAAAGUAUUUGGCCUUGCAGGACCUGAUGUUGCUUUCUCAGUAUUCUCCCUCACGAAGACAAGAAGUUUUUAGCCUUAGCCAACCAGGUGGACAUCCCCACAAUUGGACAGCCAUUUCAAGGGAGUGUUUGAGUCUUUUAAAUGAUAUGACUCAGAAACUGGUUCUGUAUCAAGAAGCAGCUGCUACAAAUGGGAGAAUGGUGUCCUCGUAUUCUGUGGAGCCUAAGAAAUCGAAUUUUCCAGAAGAAACUACUUUUCAGACCCCGAGAUCUAGCCAGAUGCCUCGGCCGUCAGUGCCACCAUUAGUUAAGACGUCACUGUUUUCCUCAAAAUUGUCUACUCCUGAUGUGGCAAGUCCCCUCGGAACCCCAUUUGGUUCUAGUGUAGUGAAUCGGAUGGCUGGAAUUUUUGAUGUAAAUACCUGCUAUGGGUCACCUCAGAGUUCUCAGCUGAUAAGAAGAGGGCCAAGAUUAUGGACUUCUGAUCAGCAAAUGCCUGAAUUUUCUAAUCCUUCUCUAUCUACCUGUGUUGGUGCGGAGGGUAAGACAGCAAGACAGCCUAGCGUGAUUUAUUCAUGGAUUCAGAAUAAACGUGAACAGGUUAAGAAUUUCUUAUCAAAACGGGUGCUGAUAAUGUAUUUUUUCAGUAAGCACCCAGAGGCAUCUAUUCAGGCUGUUUUUUCAGAUGCCCAAAUGCAUAUUUGGGCAUUAGAAGGUCUGUCUCACUUAGUAGCAGCAUCAUUCACUGAAGAUAGAUUUGGAGUUGUCCAGACUACACUACCAGCUAUUCUUAACACUUUGUUGACGCUGCAAGAGGCAGUUGACAAGUACUUCAAGCUUCCUCAUGCUUCCAGUAAACCACCUCGGAUUUCAGGAAGCCUUGUGGACACUUCUUAUAAAACAUUAAGAUUUGCAUUUAGAGCAUCAUUAAAAACUGCCAUCUAUCGAAUAACUACUACAUUUGGUGAACAUCUGAAUGCUGUGCAAGCAUCUGCAGAACAUCAGAAAAGACUUCAACAGUUCUUGGAGUUCAAAGAAUAGCUCAGUAAUAUAAACUGUGUUCAUUACACUGCUGAUACAGCUACAGAUGGGACAGUAAAUGUUCAGCAUUCUUGGAUCAGAAGAAAAUGGACUAAUUAGAUGCUUCCUUUGUCGUGGUGGUUGCUUUGAAAACUAUACUUUAAUGGGAGAAAUCAUGGAAAGAAAUUCUCAACAGAAUAACCGAAAACUGCCUUUUCUGUACCGAUGGCUUUUUGUGUGUGUGGUAUAAUAAAAUCUUUAUUCAAUUUUACAGAAGCCUCUCUGGCAGUAGAAAUGUCUUUAGCUUCUAUAGCUUAAUAAUAAUAACUGGAAAAUGUUUAGAAUUUACUUUUGAGCUGAGUAGAACCAGUUCAGAAGGUAAAAUAGAUUGACUUGAUUCGGUCUUCCUGAUUGCUGUGAGUUUAACUCUCUGUGCACUCGAAAUAUGUAAACUUUUUAAGAGUGGUUUCUGCUUACUGAAGGAUGAAAUGAUAAUAGUGGAGAAAAAUUCACAGAAAAAUUAUUGUUUAAAGGACAUAUUUUGUUAAUCUGGUAGGUUGUGUUUUUCUUUCCAGGGACAAAUUAAAUUUGCAUGAUUGUCCAAAAAAAAGGUCUCAAUUUACAGAUGCUAACUCUCUAUAAAGGAAUGUGGAAAAAUUCAGUUCUUAAGUUACAAGAUCAAACAUUCAUAUUUGAUUUUUGAAAGACGAUUGACUGACAACUAUGAAUUUGUUUUGUAUCAUGCUAGUAAACAAUAAGUGUAUGGGUAUUUUCCCCAACUAGUUUUGCUUUCUUUUUCUGGAACAAAACAUUAAGCGAUUGCAGAGCUUUUUAAGUGAGAGAAGAAGUUUUGCAACAAAAACCAGGAAACUUUCCCUUUCCCCCCGCCCCCCCCCCCCCAUCUUCAUUAGAUCAAAUUAUUUGGUGAAGCUCGUUUGGCCUCACAGAGGGAGCAGCCUUUGCUGUGUUAACUGGCUAAUAAAAAUAUAUUAGGAAAAUCUUUACAACCAGAAACAACUUAGUCAUCAAAUAGCAAGUGAAACCAAAAUGUCAGAGGGCUUACUGUACUUGGGAGUAUGUUGUAUGCCCCCAAAAUGAGCAAAGUAAUUUUACAAUUUAUUAGAUCAGCUUCUUUGGAGAUGGAAGAUUGGAAAUCCCACUGGUAGUAUUCACUGGACUAGCAUUAGACUGAAAUGCUCCCUUGUAAUUCUUUCCCUAUUAUCUUUUCCUUCCACCCUUUCCCAGUUUUUUCUUUAAAGUCAGCACAGUAUUGUAUAUGAAUCUUUAAUGUGGUAUGUAUGUCUGCCAUUUGUCUGAUUACUUGAUGUAUUAUAUCUUUAUUCCUUUUAUUUGUUGCCCCAUCAACCAGCGCAUGCCAAAUUAUAAAUGAAUCCUGCUGGCCUUUUGAGCGUCUUUAGGAGACAGUUCCCCAGUUGUCAAGUGUUUGGAGUAUUUAGGCUAAUUGCCAUUGCUUUAUUUUUUCUCAUCUGAAGUGGAGUGAUCUCUUUUUUGAAUAUGAAAAUUGAAUUUCGAAUGUGGUAAUUCCUUGGAGAUGGCCAGAAGAGUGUGGCGAGGUUGACUGAAGACUGUUGAAUUCCAUGUUUUGGAGCCGUUGAGCUUUUUCUGUUGCACUGUCUGUGCUGUCCCUGGCUGAGGCAUUUUGGGAGAAAAGGACUCUUAACCUUCUGCUUCCCUUAAAGAAUUGUGGCACUUCACCCACUGGAUCCUGGAGAUUGACGAAGAGAUGGUUCCUGUAAGCUUUCAGUGACUUGGGUAAAGUAUCUGGCCAGGCUUAGUUUUUUUGCCAUUUCUCAUGCUUUGGGAAAAGGUACAUGUGAUGAGCAAUAUGAAAAUUUGAGAGGUGUUCAUCCCUAUUUUCUCUCAAGGGAAUGUGCUGUGUACAAAAUACAGGUCACAUAAUGUCCGCCUGGUGGAGAUUUGGAAACUCCGCCCAAAUGUGGAUUGUAUUUAGUAGAUAAGAGAGGUAGUUCCUUUUCCCCAUUAUGUGUUGAUAACCUACACACCAUCCGCUGAGGUAGGGUAUUGCUCGGCCACCUGUUAUUAAAGGGAGCUCCCUCUCCUGUGUACAAGGAGGAGGGUCUUAGAAAGGCUAAGAGGAGGGAAGCAUUUCCUUUGAUGAAGUCCUAUCCUGUCUGUGAGCCCACAGGUGCUCUAUGACAUUGGCCUGAAAAUUAGAGAGUGUUCUUUAAAAGUGUUUCUCUGUCAGUACAAAACAUGGUUCUUUUCAGCACUUGUAAUGUUUGCUUCACCUUAUGGGGGGUAUAAAUUCAGGUAGCUUCUUUCCUGGGGAACCGGGAAACUGUCCUAGAAUGAACCGUGUAAAUACCCUUGAGUAGAUGUGUGUAAGCAACAAUUUGUUACUUUGCUGGAUUGUUCCUUGAUAGUUGGUUUGUGUAUCUUCCUGUAAAUGUGGUAAUCUAUUUUAUCCUUUUGUAUAUCACUGAUACUGAAUUGGGUAGAAAAAUAAAUCGACAGUUUUUCUAAA